AUGGGAUUUCUAUUGAAGAAACCUGACGAGGCAGCUGGAUCGGCUUUUCCUGCUAUCGCUGUUGGUUUGUUUGUGGCCUUUGGAGGCUUGUUGUUUGGAUAUGAUACUGGUACCAUCAGUGGCAUUCUUGCCAUGAAACACUGGCGGCAAUUAUUUUCGACUGGUUAUAUCAACCCAGUGGACAAUUUUCCGGAUGUGACCUCUUCGCAGUCUUCGAUGAUCGUAUCCUUGCUUUCUGCAGGGACCUUCUUCGGAGCGCUGACUUCUGCCCCUAUCGCUGACUACUUUGGUAGACGCAUUGCAAUGAUUAUUGACUCUGGUGUCUUUUGUUUUGGCGUAAUUCUCCAAACGGUGGCCACAUCUAUCCCACUGUUUGCCGCUGGCAGGUCAUUCGCCGGCUAUGGGGUCGGUUUGCUGUCUGCAACUAUUCCUCUUUAUCAGUCAGAAACUGCACCCAAGUGGAUCCGGGGCACCAUUGUUGGCGCAUAUCAACUAGCUAUCACGCUUGGUUUGUUGAUUGCCGCUAUUGUGAACAAUUCGACAAAGGACCGUACAGAUACCGGAUGCUAUCGUAUUCCUGUCGCAGUCCAAUUCGCCUGGGCCAUCAUCCUAGUUAUCGGAAUGCUACUUCUCCCCGAGACACCUCGUUUCUUGAUCAAAAUGGGUCGUCAUGAUGCUGCAGCCAAGUCCCUGGCGCGUCUUCGACACAUGGACGUUAAUGAUCCCUAUGUUGUUCAUGAAUUGGCUGAGAUCCGAGCCAAUCAUGAGUACGAACUCAGCGUAGGAAGUGCGAGUUAUUUGGAGAUCCUUCGGGGAACCUUAGGGAAACGACUGGCCACCGGUUGUGGUAUUCAAGCCUUUCAGCAGUUAACUGGCUGCAACUUUAUCUUUUACUAUGGGACGACAUUCUUCGAGCAUUCAGGUAUCAAAAACAGCUUUCUUGUCACCUUGAUCACCAACAUUGUUAAUGUGGUAUCAACAAUCCCCGGCCUAUAUCUGAUUGAAACAUGGGGUCGUCGACCGCUGCUCAUAUUCGGGGCCGUUGGAAUGGGGGUAAGCCAGCUCAUCGUUGCCAUUAUGGGCACGGCGGCCUCAUCUGAAGUCGCGAACAAAGUUCUGAUUGCCUUUGUCUGCUUCUUUAUCUUUUUCUUUGCUUGCUCAUUUGGGCCCUCGGCCUGGGUGGUCACCGGCGAACUUUUCCCUCUUAAAGCGCGUGCGAAAUGUCUCUCCAUCACGACCGCAACCAACUGGUUGCUCAACUGGGGCAUUGCAUAUGCAACCCCGUAUAUGGUGAAUGCCGGCCCCGGAAAUGCUGACCUGCAGUCCAAAGUGUUCUUCAUCUGGGGCAGUUUCUGCUUCGCUGCUGCGGUCUUUGUAUAUUUCUGCGUCUAUGAGACCAAAGGGCUUAGUCUGGAACAGGUCGAUGAGCUGUACUCCAAGGUCUCAGUGGCUUGGCGCUCUGCUCGUUUUCAACCUUCUGAGCAUUACGCGGAAUCCUGGAAUGAGAGUGAAGGACAGAGUAAUGUCACUCAUGUUGAACUGGAGGCUGAUACCCAGGAGAAACGCGACUCGGAGCACAUUGAGAAGGCAUGCCAUCUGACUUGA